CAAGUCUUCAUUUUGGACAGAUCAGUGCAGCAGCUGGAUCACCUCUCUACCAGCACCUGUUUCCCUCUCCGCCUUCCGAUCUGCGCCCUGCAGAAACCACAAACUAAGAAUAUGGAAGGCAAGAGCCUUAGGAGUGUGUACACCGGUUCACUCAUUAUGUUUCUGCUAGUAGUAGGUCAGAUCCAAGUAGAGGCCAAAGCUAAGGCUUGCUGUAGGAAACUUUGGUCAGCUACCUGCGCCAAGAACUGCAUUGGGUAUGGUUUUGACUUGAACUAUUGUGCAGCUCAGUGUGGUUGCAAACUUACAGAUGAGGAUCAAUGCCACAGCAGAUGGGCCGCUCUUCCUUCAGAAUCUGCAGCAGAAGCAACUGUUGUUGACUACUGUAAGAUGGGAUGCACGUCCUCUGUGUGCAAUCAAAUGAUCACAGACGCCACCAGCGAAGUUAAGAAGGACAACGUAAUGAAAUAUUGUGGCAUUGCAUGCCACCAGUUCUGCACCAAGGGUGCUGGUACUGCAACUGCAACUCUUGCUGCUUAAGCCUGUUCAAUCGAGGGGGGAUUCACGCCAAAUCUAAAGCCUCGUUGUUGCUUGUUGGUUUGUAUUCAAUAAAUGGAUGUCAUAUCCAAGCUGUUCCCGUAUGCUGCAAUCCUGAUCGGAGGACCCGCAAAUGUGCAGCAAUGUGUGUGGUCUUGCAAUAAGGAUUUACUAUGGCGUCGUAUUCUUGCAAGGAUAUGCGCCUCUGGAGCUGUACCAUAAGACUGUAUCCAUCCAUGUCAAUAAAUGUAUUUGUCUAGUUUCACA